AAAACAAGUCACAGACAGACAGAGAGACAGACAGAGAGAAACCAAACAUUGUGGCAAAAAGAAAAGGACAUAUAGUUAUUGUGAUACAGAAACAGAGAGAAGGGAGAGAGAGAUUGAGAAAGAGAGAGAGAGAGAGAAAGAGAAAUAACAGCAGACAGAGGACACAGGGAGUAACCAGAACGUGAAGCUAGUACAAACAGAUAGAGGAAAGGUGUGUGUGUCAUGUCUGAGUCCAGCAUGCUGCUGCUGGCUGGCCUGGUGAUGCUCCUGCUGCUGCUGGCCUGGAGGAGGAGGGGGGCACGGGGACUUCCACUGCCCCCAGGACCCACUGGACUGCCCCUGCUGGGAAACUUACCCCAAGUGGACAAGAGAGCACCCUUCAAGACCUUCAUGAAGUGGAGUAAGCAGUAUGGGCCGGUCAUGACUGUGAACCUUGGGCCUGUGCGGAUAGUGACCCUCAGUGGGUACCAGGCAGUGAAGGAGGCCCUAGUGGACCAGGCUGAUGACUUCACAGGAAGGGCACCAAUUCCGCUCUUGAAUCGGGUCGUCAAUGGAUACGGUCUGGCCAUCAGUAAUGGUGAACGCUGGCGUCAGCUGAGACGCUUCACACUGAGCACGCUCAGAGACUUUGGGAUGGGCCGCAAGAAGAUGGAUCAGUGGAUUCAGGAGGAGAGCCAACACCUGCUAGAGAGCCUGAGACAAACCAAGUUGGUCCCUUUUGACCCCACGUUCUUCCUGAGCCGUGCCGUGUCUAACGUGAUUUGUGCUCUGGUGUUUGGACAACGCUUCAGCUACGACGACACUAACUUUCUGCGUCUGCUGGAGAUUAUCUCAGAUUCGGUUCGCUUCGGAAGCACACCAUGGGGACAGGAUUACUCGUCCACUUGUGUGUUCCUAGUGUUGGACUAUGUUUCUCCUGAUCCAGACUACAACCCUUCUUCCCCACAGCUGUACAACAUCUUCCCCCGUCUGAUGACUUACACACCCGGUAAGCGGGCGUGUGUGGGUGAGUCAUUGGCGAGGAUGGAGCUUCUGCUCUUCCUGGUGUCCAUAGUGCAGCAGUUCCACCUCAGCACCCCUGGAGGACCAUCCAGCAUUGACAUAAAGCCAGAGUUCAGCAGCUUUGGGAACAUACCCCGCCAAUAUGAGCUUAUCGUCAUCCCCGUUGAUUAGCCAUGGUACUACAGGACAGUAUACCUAGAAUCUCAGCUCAUGAGGCUCUUUUCGAGGGUUUUUCUGAACUGGAACAUGUGAACUGAUUGUAAAUCCAGACUACUGCUAUUACCAUUACUAUCACAAGGAUCACUCAGCUGAAUUGCCACUCUUUGCAGUGUUUCUAUCAGUCUAAAUUGUUGCUUAGUGUAUUAAAGAUGGUUUGCAUUCAAUCGGCACUAUAUGAUCUACAUUCAAUACAGCUAUUACUUUUGUUACACAUGUCUCCUCAUCUGACUUUUGGUGUGAAUGUGUGGUAGACCUAUAAUUUUUCUUUGAACAAAAGAGGUUUUAGAUAAUGAUCUGGGUCUUUGCUGUUGAUGUUGAUAGUCAGCAUUUUCAUAUUGUGAUACGUGACUGGAUAUUAGGCUAAGAUUUGAACUAUGUUUUUUUUGUUUUAAACCAAGACAAUGUUUUUACCUGAGUUUCAUAGCCAAUGUAAAGUUUUAAAUGAGACAAGAAAAAACGCUGGUGAAUGCUUAUCUAUUAAAUUACUAAUAAGUCAUCUGAUGAGCUGGUCAUAUAGUAGGCCUACUUUGCUAACCCAUAUAUGAUUACCAUGAGUAGUCACAAUGUAAGAGAAACCCUGCCCAACUUGGAUAGCAUUACGAAGCUAUAACACAGAUGAUUAUUAUCCAGAGACAUCCCUAAUGCCUUUUGUUAUCCUAUGGAUUUGCACAUAUGCUGAAGAUAGAUAUGCAUCAAACAUUUACACAGUGACGAUUCUAGACAUUUUUGACAAGGGUGGCACUAGUGAGGCACUGAUUAAUUCUAGAGUGGUAUGAGGCAAAACAUCCAGAUAAACAGAAACAGGCUCAAGAUGUGAAAUUAGCACAAAUACAUUAG